AUGGACUUAUCUAAGUUGUCUUCCAAUCUUCCCCCUUCAGGACCAUUGAAUCAGACAUCCGUGGAUGAGUUAAAUAAAGAAUUAACAACAGAAUUUAGGAAUGCCGCAAAAUCUGUAGCGGCCCUAUAUAACACAGCAGUAUCCAACGAUGAUACUUCUAAACCCCAAGUUGAAUUUGCUAAUGCAGCUAAAUCUGUGGCAACAUUGUAUCGCCUCUCUAACAACUCAAGUUCAUUGCUUCACCAAAAGGGUUAUUUGGAAUGCCUUGACGAUAUACUAGAAGUUAUGACAAAUGGAGAGGACGUUGAGAAUUGGGUUCUUACUAAGAAAGCAGAGAUUAAUAAUAGUAAUACAGGUCUGGAACCAGAUCAUUCUGACAAUGCUAAUGAGAAUGGCAAAAUCAAUACCGAACAAAUCCAAAAAUCAUCUGGAAUUGCUAACGAGGAAUUUCAUAUACCUUCUAAUUAUGAUUUUUCCUUUGUUCUGGAUUUGAUUCCUGACCACCAUUUCAAACCUAGUUUCCCGCCAUUGUCGGUUACACAUUCUUUAAAGCAAAUGCAAAACUUUAAGAAUAUGAAAAAGGAUUUAAUCGCUCGAAAAAAAUGUCAAAUACUGACUCAUGACGAAGUUUCCAAUCGCAUAGAGACUACUCAUGACAGCGGCCCAACUGAAAAAUCAAAUGAUGGAGUUGAUGUUUUUAAAAAGCAAGACAAAGAAGAGUCUGUAAAGAAAAGAAGGAAAUAUAACCCGGCAUUAAAGAAUUAA